AUGACGGCGUUUGGCGGUGCAUCGACGAGCGCUGCGUUGCUCGUUGCGCGUUUUGCUCCAACCCUCCUCCGCCAAGACACGUGCGCAUUCAAUUCAUCACCUACGCACCCUGCGAACCUGCUCGGCCACUUCCCUACCUCACAUCUUCAAAUACCCUACCCUACCCUACCCAUCCCAUCCAUCAUCCUUCCAUUCCUGAUCCCGCCGCCUCCACUCGCACGCACGCAAGCCAGAAUCGCUGUCUUGGUCGAGUUGUCGUUUCCUGCCAAACCGAACCCAAACCCGCCACGCGCAUUUACCGCAGCCCGCCCCUGCAGCCCUGCUCUUGCGUGCCCGGCACCCUUCACCAGCACCCCAAACGUCGAGCGCACACACACGACCCGACGCAAGCACCGCAACCAGUCGCGCAUCCUUGCCCAUGCUGCACCGCGAUCCUCCACGCGUGCUGCCUCUGUCGUCGCCGCUUGUCGCAACACCAGCAAUGUCAUCAACGUUUCCCUCUUCAUCAACAAUGCAACAAUACGAAUCCCGCCCUUCGCUGCCCGCCCUGCCCUGAAAUUCACCGCUGCGUUUGAAGAAGCUUUGGACCUGCGACACUCUUGCUGCACGGCAAAACUCAAAAACCGCCCGAUCAGCCGUCUUCAAGCAAACGGCGGUGACGGCCAGCGUGUGAGAGUGCCCCGCCUUACCACAGCGACCUGGGAGUUGCACCUCUACGAAGCUCUGACUCGGUCGCCGCUGUUGCUCUCUUAUUCCGUGCAUCGCUCUGAUGAGCAGAGCGUGCGCACGGGCGCACAUCCCGGUGCACAUCCCAGUCCCUACAGUGCCAACAGCGCUGCCGGAAGCUACGCAUCAUCUGAACCCAACGAAGCCAUGGCUACGCAGGCUGCCAUCGGUCGUCAAUCCUACCCACCCAUCUCCAGUUAUCAGACUCCGCAGUCCAACUCUCCCGCUUCAAUACACUCUCCUCAGACCGACGCCCAUGGUCGACCCUUGUACGGAAUGUCUUCGAUGCCACAGCAGAUGUACUAUCCACAGUACCAGCUACCGCAGUCGUCACCGUACGGCCAGCACCCAAGCGCAGGAUCGCACCACUCGUCGAUGACAUCUGCGCCUGGCAUGUUGAUGUCCCAUCAACAACCGCAACUCCCGCCGUCACAGGGAAUGCUCGACUCCAAGCCAUCGCAAGGAUCUCUCCAACGUCAGCCGUCGAUUGUCGCUCCACCUCAAGGCUCUCCCCAGACUCCAUCGGGUCCAGCUCCAGGUCCGAUUCCCGCGACUACUCCCUUGGUCGUGCGACAGGAUGGCAACGGCGUGCAAUGGAUCGCGUUCGAAUACUCGCGUGACCGCGUCAAGAUGGAAUACACCAUCCGCUGUGACGUCGAGUCGGUCAACGUGGACGAGCUAAGUCCAGAGUUCAAGAAUGCCAACUGCGUGUACCCACGCGCGUGCUGCGGGAAAGAUUCAUACAAGGGCAACCGCCUUCACUACGAGAGCGAGUGCAACGCGGUCGGUUGGGCGUUGGCGCAGCUGAACCCCAAUCUGCGCGAGAAACGCGGCCUUAUCCAGCGCGCCGUCGACAGCUGGCGGAAUAGCAAUCAAGACGUCAGACUGCGUAGUCGUCGCGUACGUCGCAUGGCCAAGAUCAACAACCGAAAUGCGGCAAAGUCGACCUCCGGUCAGUUCCCGGGACCACACGGACCGGGAAGUGCUGGUCUACCUCCCCAUGGCUUGCCUCCUGGCUCAGGUCGGCCAAGCAUGGGCCCAGGAGGACCUCACAUGCAUCAUCACCACACCGACGGUAGUGAACCGGGCGGUGGAAACGAUGUCAGCGCCGGAGAUGACUUCAAUAGUCCUGCUGGGUAUCCCCAGUCGUCCAACGAGCUCACACCACCCGUGGGCCGACACAACAACAACUUCUAUCCCUCGUACCCACACAGUCAGACGGGCGGCUCUUCAACCAUGCCAUCGAUACACGAUGCCAUGGAUACCAUGCAAGGCUCCGCGGCCACAUUGGCGACACCCGCAUCCAGCAAACUCGAAGACGAAGAACACAGGCGUAACCUCUUCGGUGAUGUGCCCGAGUCCAAGCGUCGCAAGUUCAUCCUUGUAGACGACACCCAGCGUGGCACCCGCGUUCGUGUCCGUGUCAUGCUCGACCAAGUCAAAAUGGACGACAUGCCCGACGCUCAUCUCCGCAUCAAUGCCGUCUACCCUCGCUCCUACUUCCCGCGCCAGAUGCGAUCUCCACCGGGUUCACCUCGUGGGCGAGGCAACUGGGAUGAUGAAGAUGACGAAGGCGUCGACGGUCGUCCGUCUGGCAAGACGCUUGUCCCGGUCUCUCUCAUGGAUGGUAGCGAGGCUAAGCUUCCUAUUCCUCGUAUGACCAAGUCGCGCCGCAACAAAGAGGUAGCACUGAAUGAAUUGGGCUACCGCAUGAGCUGGGGACAGGCGCGGACAUUCAAUGGUCGCACUCUUUUCCUGCAGAAAUCUCUCGAUGCUUACCGCAAUAAGAUGCGCAGCACGAUGAUGGCUGGCGGUAGCGAGACGGUCACUAUUGCACCUCACUUCGAGACCCGCGCUGGAAAGCGGAAGUGGCUCGAGCGCAACAAGCGUGCCCGACGCUCAGACUCGAUGGGUUGA